UCUGGCUACUCGCUCUUGCUCACCAUCUUCCAUCUCUGAUCGCUGAUUUUUUUUUUUACCAAUUUCCUCAACUUAAUUGCUUUCAAAGGUUGAGACUUUUUUUUUUUUGCUUUGGUAUCUGUUUUCAUCAGAACUUUACCUGCUCUGUUUUUUCUUCUUGAUUUGGCUCUGCUUUGUUCAAGAUCUCUGCUUUUGUUCCACUUUAUUUAAUGGGCUUUUCCUAGUUUUGGAAUUAAUACAUGAUGAAUUGGUUUCAGCCUCUACUGUGUUGUUAAUUUGCUGUGUAAGGCUUAGCAUGUUACUUUGCUUGUGGAAAGUCACAGACUUUGGCUGGUUCUCUCUCUGCAGGUGUCUAUAUUUAGCAACUUACUUACUUCAAGUUUAGACGCUUCUUGCUCUCUUAAGACAUGGGAAAGACACCUGGUAAAUGGAUCAAGACUUUGCUUCUCGGGAAGAAGUCGUCACCAAAGUCUAAUCUUGUUGUGUCGGCGGUGAAGGAUGAUUUUUCAAACUUAUCCCUUGACCCUCCUGUGGCUUCAUCACAACCGGAUGCAGCAGCUUCAACUGCUCAACAUGUUGUUGCCCCAAGCAACGGUGAUGAUCUUGAGUCAAUGAAUGAGUUGGAUGAACUCAAGCUUGGACAAGCUGCAAGUAAGAUUCAGGCCGUUUUCAGAGCUCGUCAGGCACGUAGAGCGAUUCGGACCCUCAAAGGUAUCAUCAGGCUGCAAGCAGUUAUCCGUGGUCACCUGGUCAGAAGACAAGCCGUUGCUACUUAUUCAUGUAUUUGGGGUAUUGUGAAGCUUCAGGCGCUUGUUCGUGGCCGCAUAGCUAGAUCUUCUUCAGACAGUGUGAUUCAGUGUCACAAACCACCUCUUACGGAAGUUAAUGAUUCCGAAGCUUUGCAAGUGAGCAUGUGUAGUUGGAUGAAUAAUCCCUCAAAAUUCAUCAUUGUCAAUAAGCUUCUGGCUUCAUCACCAGCUGCAUUGCCUCUGAAGAUUCAAUAUGGUGCUGAGGAACCUAACUCAGCUAACGUUUGGCUUGAACGCUGGACACAGUUGCAUGUUUGGUCUCCUCCUCCACGAGCAGCUAAGAUUCUUGUUCCACAAACUAAGACGAAGAAGCGAAACUAUCAAGCAGUGGUUGAUUCAGAAAAGGCAAGGCCAAAGCAAGUUGUCAAGAAACAAUCCGGCUCAAUUAGUGGAAAGGUCUCUAACCGUUCUUCUACAACUGAAAGUGAGAAACCUAAACGAAGUACUGUGAGGAAGGCUUCCGCUCUUAGUAAAGAUCCCCUGAGAACUGAGAGUGAUAAGGCGAAGCAAAAGUCAAGAAAGAGUAGAAGCGCCGCCUCAAAGGAGGAGGUUAAAGAAGAGAAGCCUAGGCCUAGUCUCAAAAGGACUUCUCUUUCGAACACGUCGUUGAAAGUCACCCGUAAAUCUGCUGAGAAGAAGAAGGAUACUGUGGAUUCUGUUCAGAUAGAGCCUGAAGUGAAGGUUUCAGAUGUUGUUGAAGUAGGAGACGAUGUUGAGUCUGCUGAAAAGGAGAAAGAUGCUGCAGAUUCUGUUCAGAUGGAGCCUGGAGAGAAAGUUUUAGAUGUUCUUGAAGGAGGAGGAGACGCUAUUGAGUCAUCUGUAAAGGAGAUAGAAACGGUAGAAUCUGUUCAGAUAGAGCCUGAAGUGAAGGUUUCAGAUGUUCUUGGAGGAGGAGACGCUGUUGAAUCAGCUGAAAAGGAGAAAGAUUCUGCAGAUUCUGUUCAGAUGGAGCCUGAAGUGAAGGUUUCAGAUGAUCUUCAAGGAGGAGAAAAGGAGAAAGAUACCACAGAUGAAGUUCCUAAGGAGCUUGAUGUCGAAGAAGAAGAGAAAUCACCGGAGGAAGAUGAACUCAGAACUUCAGAGACCAUUGAUAAAGGUGAAGAAGACCUCAAAUGCUCAGAUGUGAAGGUAAGCUCUGAGAAUGGUAAUAUUGCUUCUGAUAACUCAAAGCCAAGUGAAAGACGAGUGUCACCGCACAAUCAAGAUGAAGGGCGUACACAUAGCGGGAGGAAAAUCCCCAGCUACAUGGCCCCAACUGCAUCUACAUUGCGGCGCCAUUCUCUGCCUUCUCCAGCCAAUGGUAAGCCGGGUGUUACUACUACUAUCUCUCCAAGGGCUCACAAGCUUCUCCUAGCCUCGGCCAAAGGAUCUAUGAACGGCGACAAAUGUGCUUCUUCUUUGAAGAACAAAAGUGACAAGUCAAACAAAACCGAGUGGAAACGGUGAAGGUUCAGGCAAAAGAGAUUUCAUCUCAUUGUCAUAUACAAUCAAGCUUAAUUACUUAGUGUGAUCUUUCUCUUUCUCUGCGUUUGGUUUGGUUUGGUGAGUUUAGAGAGUGUUUUACUCAUUAGUUCAUGUUCAUUUCAUCAUUUUCAUAUGUUACUUCAGUUUACUCUAUGUUUGACAGACACAUAAAAGGUUUGAGUAAAUAGUUCUUCUCUGUAUAAA